AGUUCACGCUGUGAGCGGCGUUCACGAGCACCAUCACUGCGCGGUACUGGAGGGAAAAAAGCGUCCGAUUAUUUAAAUUUUAAUUUAUAAUCUCAGAUUACAAUAUGCCUGGAUAUUCAGACAGAGACCGCGGUCGUGACAGAGGUAGUUACAGCAGUGGUCCUCCACGUUUUGGAGGCAGCAGAGGAGGACCUCCUCCGGGCAAGAAGUUUGGGAAUCCUGGUGAUCGUCUGCGGAAAAAGCACUGGAACCUGGACGAGCUCCCCAAAUUUGAGAAGAACUUCUACCAGGAGCAUCCUGAAGUUUCUCGGAGGUCAACUCAAGAUGUUGAACACUACAGAAGAACCAAGGAGAUCACAGUGAAGGGUCGAGACUCUCCCAAACCCAUUGUUAAGUUCCAUGAAGCAAACUUUCCAAACUAUGUGAUGGAUGUGAUCGGUAAACAGAACUGGACUGAUCCAACUCCUAUCCAGGCUCAGGGGUGGCCAGUUGCACUGAGUGGCAAAGAUAUGGUUGGCAUUGCACAGACCGGCUCUGGAAAAACACUCUCGUAUCUGCUUCCUGGUAUUGUUCACAUAAACCACCAACCAUUCCUGGAGCGUGGCGACGGUCCCAUUUGCUUGGUGUUGGCUCCCACCCGUGAAUUGGCGCAGCAGGUCCAGCAGGUGGCGGCAGAGUACGGCAAAGCUUCUCGUCUCAAGUCCACCUGCAUUUACGGAGGCGCUCCCAAAGGACCACAGAUCCGGGACCUGGAAAGGGGUGUCGAGAUCUGUAUCGCCACACCCGGAAGACUUAUCGAUUUCCUUGAAGUUGGAAAGACAAAUCUGCGCAGAUGCACGUAUCUUGUGCUUGACGAAGCUGACCGGAUGCUUGACAUGGGAUUUGAACCUCAGAUUCGAAAAAUCGUGGACCAAAUUAGACCAGACCGACAGACUCUUAUGUGGAGUGCUACGUGGCCCAAAGAGGUGAGGCAGCUGGCUGAGGACUUCCUGAAGGACUAUGUACAGAUCAACGUCGGUGCUCUGCAGCUCAGCGCCAACCACAACAUCCUACAGAUUGUCGACGUUUGCAAUGAUGGCGAAAAGGAAGACAAACUGAUGCGCCUGCUGGAGGAAAUCAUGAGCGAGAAGGAAAACAAGACCAUUAUUUUUGUGGAGACCAAGAAAAGGUGUGACGAUCUCACCAGGAGGAUGCGUAGGGAUGGGUGGCCAGCAAUGGGCAUCCAUGGAGACAAGAGUCAGCAGGAAAGAGACUGGGUGCUCAAUGAGUUCAAAUAUGGCAAAGCGCCCAUCCUCAUUGCCACAGAUGUUGCCUCCAGAGGACUAGAUGUGGAGGACAUCAAAUUUGUCAUUAACUAUGACUACCCCAAUAAUUCCGAGGACUACAUUCACCGCAUUGGCCGUACGGCUCGCAGUCAGAAAACCGGCACGGCCUACACUUUCUUUACGCCCAACAACAUGAAACAGGCUCACGACCUCGUCUCGGUCCUCCGUGAGGCCAACCAAGCCAUAAACCCCAAGCUCAUCCAAAUGGCCGAAGACAGAGGAGGUCGUUCAAGGGGUGGUCGAGGUGGAGGGUAUAGGGACGACCGUCGCGAUCGCCACUCAGCGGGCAACAGGCGGGACUUCAACAGCUACAGCCAGGAUAACCGUAACAGUGACUCUUACGGGCAAAAGAAGGUGUUUGGAAACAAAACUCAAAACGGAUCUAGCGGUUACAACAGCAGUAACAGCUUCAACGCGGGUUACAGCAAUAAUGGACAGGGUAACUUUGGCAAUCAAUCUGGUGGGUAUGGAAACCAAGGCUAUCAGAACCAGCAGUUUGCUCCCAACCAAGGGGCCGUUCAGAACAACAUGAACCACCCUCCACCAUUCCCCUUCAACCCCCAACAGAUGCCACAGUCCAUGCCGUUCCCCAUGGCUCCUCCUGCAUUCCCUCAGUAAACAGUUUCAUUUGCUAAUCAGAAUCUUUAACUGUUCCGUUCAUGUAACUUUAUUUCUUCAGAGCCGGUUGUAAAAUGUACAUGCCGUCACAAGCAUCCCAGAGUCUGCUGUGCAGGAUUUUUUUUUCCUCCCUCUUUUUUGUUAAUGUAUCUUUUCUUUUUAAGUAACUUAAAGUUAUUUUGUACUGUAGAGCUAAUGAAGGAUCUACACUUGUAAAAAUGUCAAGGGCCGUUCAUGGCCAUUGCAUGGUCCUCAAAUAAACUCUUAAAAGUAACACUUUUUUUGUGUCUGAAUUUGUGAGUAGCAGAAGUUACAUCUAAAUAUUAAUGCAUCUUAUAUAGCUUUCUUUUACAGGCUAGGAUUGAAUCAUUGUUGCAGGAGAGCAAUUUUUUUUUUUGGGGUAAUUUAUAACUGUUCAGUGAGUGCUGAAUG